UAUGUUUCCUUGACCAAAUUAAAGCCUCUAAGACACACAGUCUCACUAUCUCAGAAGGCCUCAGCUCUGAAAGCCUACUCACAAAUACAAGUACUGAAAAAGCUAAUGCAUCCUUGAUUGGUGAUUCUACUACUACUAUAAUCCCGACGAAAGCCAUCUUUAUCUCCCAAAAUAAACAAUUGCACCAUCUUUCUUUCUCUCUCCCCUUUUCCCUCCACCAUGCACCAUUGAUGCUGCUAACCACAGACCAAACUCAUUCCCUGAUCUCCUCUCCAUUGUCUCCAUUGCUGCCAUGCCAAUGGACAUGCUCAACCUGAUCCUGCUCCUCCUCUCAUCAAUCUACGCGGCGUUGGUGUCUACGCCGGUGGCGGCAGCCGGGACCGACGCGCAGGCACUUCUCUGGUUCAAGGCGUCCGUCCAGAAAGAUCCUAGAGGAGUCCUGUCAUCAUGGCAGCCGAGUGACAGUGACAACGCAUGCAGCUGGUACGGCGUGUCGUGCAACGGCGACGGGAGGGUGACGCGGCUGGACCUAGCGUGCUGCAGCCUUGCCGGGCGCGCGUCGCUGCCCUCGCUGUCCGCCGUCGACGCGCUGUGCCACCUCAACCUGUCCGGCAACAGCGAGCUCCGCGCGGCGGCCGCCGACCUGCUCAGCCUCCCGCGCGCGCUGCAGACGCUUGAUCUCUCCUACGGCGGCGUCGUCGGCAGCCUCCCCGGGGACCUGCUCACGCGCUACCCCAACCUCACCGACGUCAGCCUCGCGCGGAACAACCUCACGGGCGCGUUCCCGGAGACGCUCCUUGCUGGCGCGCCGAGCAUCCGGUCGUUCGACGUGUCGGGCAACAACCUGUCCGGGGACAUCUCCGGGAUGUCGUUUGCCGGGACGCUGACACUGCUCGACCUGUCCGAUAACCUUUUCGGCGGCGCGAUCCCGCCCGCGCUGUCGGGGUGCGCGGGCCUCAGGACGCUCAACCUGUCGUACAACGGCCUCUCCGGAACGAUACCGAAGUCGGUGGCCGGCAUCGCGGGUCUCGAGGUGCUCGACGUCUCGUCGAACCACCUCACCGGCGUAAUCCCUGACAGCAUCGGGAACGCGUGCGGGUCGCUGAAGGUUCUCAAAGUGUCGAGCAACAACGUUUCUGGACCGAUCCCGGAGUCCCUGUCGUGGUGCCGCGCGCUCCGGCUGCUGGACGCCGCCAACAACAAGCUGUCAGGCGCCAUCCCGGCCGCGGUGUUCGGCAACCUGACGUCGCUCGAGGGCCUGAUCCUCAACAACAACUUCAUCUCAGGGCCACUCCCGAGCACGAUCUCCUCAUGCGUGAACCUCAGGGUCGCGGACCUCAGCAGCAACAAGAUCUCCGGCCCGCUGCCGGCGGAGCUCUGCUCUCCCGGCGCGGCGCUGGAGGAGCUACGGAUGCCGGACAACCUCCUCACCGGCACCAUCCCGCCGGGGCUGUCCAACUGCUCGUGGCUGAGGGUGAUCGACUUCAGCAUCAACUACCUCCGCGGCCCGAUCCCGCCGCAGCUCGGCCGGCUGCGCGGCCUCGAGCAGCUGGUGAUGUGGUUCAACAGCCUGGAGGGCCGGAUCCCGGCAGAGCUGGGGCAAUGCUGGCGCCUCCGCACGCUGAUCCUGAACAACAACUUCAUAGGUGGCGACAUUCCGGUCGAGUUGUUCAACUGCACCGGCCUCGAGUGGGUGGCGCUGACGAGCAACCGGUUCACCGGCACGAUCAGGCCGGAGUUCGGGCGUCUGACCCGGCUCGCCGUUCUGCAGCUGGCGAACAACAGCCUGGAGGGCGUCAUCCCCAAGGAGCUCGGCAACUGCAGCAGCCUGAUGUGGCUGGACCUCAAUAGCAACCGGCUGACCGGCGAGAUCCCGCGACGGCUCGGCCGGCAGCUCGGGUCGACACCCCUGAGCGGGAUCCUGUCUGGCAACACGCUGGCGUUCGUGCGCAACGUCGGGAACUCGUGCAAAGGCGUCGGCGGGCUGCUGGAGUUCGCCGGCAUCCGGCCGGUGCGGCUGCUGCAGGUGCCAACGCUCAAGAGCUGCGACUUCACGCGGCUCUACUCCGGCGCGGCGGUCAGCGGGUGGACGCGGUACCAGACGCUGGAGUACCUCGACCUCUCGUACAACGCGCUCUCCGGCAGCAUCCCCCAGGAGUUCGGCGACAUGGUGGUGCUCCAGGUGCUGGACCUGGCGCGGAACAACCUCACCGGCGAGAUCCCAGCGUCGCUCGGGCGGCUGCGCAACCUCGGCGUGUUCGACGUGUCGCACAACGGCCUGACCGGCGGCAUCCCGUACUCCUUCUCCAAUCUCUCGUUCCUGGUGCAGAUCGACGUGUCCGACAAUAACCUCACCGGCGAAAUCCCGCAGCUCGGGCAGCUUAGCACGCUGCCGGCGAGCCAGUACGCGGGCAACCCGGGCCUCUGCGGCAUGCCGCUGCUGCCGUGCGGGCCACCUCCGAGGGCGACCGCGUCCGUCUUGGCGGAGCCCGACAGUAGCCGUUCUGACAAGCGCACCUUGGGGACCGUGAUCCUGGUCGUUCUGGUCGCUGCCGGUCUGGCGUGCGCUCUAUCGGCGGCGUGCGUGGUGGCGGCGCGCGCGCGUCGGAAGGAGGCGCUGAUGCUGAGCAACCUGCAGGACGGGACACGCACGGCGACGACGUGGAAGCUGGGCAAGGUGGAGAAGGAGGCCCUGAGCAUCAACGUGGCUACGUUCCAGCGUCAGCUCCGGCGCCUCACCUUCACGCAGCUGAUCGAGGCGACGAACGGGUUCUCCGCCGGCAGCCUGAUCGGCUCCGGUGGUUUCGGCGAGGUGUUCAAGGCGACGCUGAAGGACGGCUCCUGCGUCGCCAUCAAGAAGCUGAUCCACCUGAGCUACCAGGGCGACCGCGAGUUCACGGCGGAGAUGGAGACGCUGGGCAAGAUCAAGCACAAGAACCUUGUCCCCCUGCUCGGCUACUGCAAGAUCGGCGAGGAGCGGCUGCUGGUGUACGAGUACAUGAGCCACGGCAGCCUCGAGGACGCCGUGCACGGCCGAGCAUUGCGGCUGCCCUGGGAGCGGCGGAAGCGGGUGGCGCGCGGCGCCGCCAAGGGCCUGUGCUUCCUGCACCACAACUGCAUCCCGCACAUCAUCCACCGGGACAUGAAGUCCAGCAACGUGCUCCUAGACGGCGACAUGGAGGCCCGCGUUGCCGACUUCGGCAUGGCGCGGCUGAUCAGCGCGCUGGACACGCACCUGAGCGUGAGCACGCUGGCGGGGACGCCCGGGUACGUGCCGCCGGAGUACUACCAGAGCUUCCGGUGCACCGCCAAGGGCGACGUCUACUCCCUCGGCGUCGUGCUGCUGGAGCUCCUCACGGGGCGAAGGCCGACGGACAAGGAGGACUUCGGGGACACCAACCUCGUCGGCUGGGUGAAGAUGAAGGUCAGGGAGGGCGCUGGCAAGGAGGUCGUCGACCCAGAGCUCGUCGCCGCAGCCAAGGACGGCGAGGAGGAGAGGGAGAUGGCGAGGUUCCUGGAGCUGGCGCUGCAGUGCGUGGACGACUUCCCGUCGAAGCGGCCCAACAUGCUGCAGGUCGUCGCCAUGCUCAGGGAGCUCGACGACGUGCCUCCGCUUCACGAACCAGCACCAGCUGCCGCCGCCGCUGCUCGUGAGUGAUGGCAGCGUCCACGCAUAUCUUUUGCGUACUUGAGGAUUUGUACUGUGGAUGCCGAUUGCUCUGUUCUGCACAUUGCUGUUCUCCUCUGUAAUUUCUGUAUUGACGAUGGACUGAUUUUGUAGUGAGAUGGACA